CUUACGUAUAUUCUGGUUUUCCACCGUCCGACGAACGUCCCACGCAACCAUAUCAGCACGGAUCAGAGCGCAUCUAGCUUGAUCGAUUAUUCCGCCCUUCUGUUACUUGUUUCAUCUCAGACCAAAGUUCAUACCCGAAGAUGUCUGAUGAAAGGGUGUACAUCGAUCCUUGGAGCCCGGGAACUGAUCAUGGACCCAUUCUUGAGCCCGUGGAGUUGUUUGCACUUGGAGAGAACGUGAAAGUUAGGCUCAACCCAUGUCUGACAGGGGAAGACAAGAAGAAGCACGAUUUUGUGUACGAUGUCUCCGAUGGGCGAGCUAUGUCGCAAGAGGAGACCAUCGCCGUACAGAAGUACUAUGACGAACCUGCUACUUUACCCAGGCUGUUCCAGGUCGUCAUAUAUACGAGACUGGCGCCUUGGGUUACGAUCGUGCGUGCUAGUGCGCAUGACAGGGGCGUCACAGUUGGCGAUUGCUGCGAGAGCCUGAGGGCUUGCUAUGCGAAGGCCAUCACGCAGGACGAGUGGGAUGCGCUUCCUCCACGGGUUGCGGCCUCGGUGCAGCGCAGUUUGAGCGGAUCGAUGCAAUAUGGCUAUGGAGUGACGCACGCAUCGAAUGGAUCACUCAACGUCAAGCGGUUUAACUGGCUUAUGCAAAGGACGGUCUGCUCAUUCAUGACUGUCGACGGAAAGUAUGCCGAGAAACGAUUUGGCUACAGUGCGCCGAACGUGUUCUUGAUGGAUUUCACCGAGUGAAAAUGUGUGAUUCUCGAGAUGAGUGUUGAUUGUGUUGUGUGACUGAUGUGUGGAG